CAAAAAACUUGUCUCCCAAGCUUACAAGGACCUCCUAUAAAUUCGCCGCUCAUUUUCCUCCUAUAUUCUCUACAGACUUUACGUUUCCUGUAUUUUCCCAAUCGACGAACAGGUCCUAUUUAAUUUAUCAAUUAACGGCAAAAACCACCGGAAAUGUGUCCGACGGGAAGCGUUUUGCAUUCUGAAGCCACCGGAAAGCCGAAUCUCCGGUCCGCAUUCGACGUUUUAGAUGUUGACCGCGACGGAAAGAUAAGCACCGACGAUCUCCGAACAUCUUACGGAGGAUUCGUCGGCGCCACCGGCGAACCCGACGACGACGUGAUUGGUACGAUGAUGACGGUGGCCGAUUUCAACAAAGACGGUUUCGUGGAAUUCGAGGAAUUCGAGAAGGUUCUAGACAGUUCUAAAAGCAGAAGAAAUGGAACGUUAGGGGUGAAUAAUAAUAAUAAUAAUGUAAUGGAGGAUGUUUUCAAGGUGAUGGACAAAGAUGGUGAUGGCAAAGUUGGGGUAGAGGAUCUUAAGAGUUAUCUGAAUUGGGCUGGGCUUCAAGUGGAUGAUGAUGAUAUUAAGGCCAUGAUUAAAUUGGGCCGUGGUGAUGAAAAUGGUGGUGGUGUUACCUUUGAAGGUUUUCUCCAAAUUUUGUCUCUUUGAUUUGUUGCAACGAGAAAAGAUUGAUGACGAUGAUAAAUGUUAGAUUAGGUGAACAAGUUUUCGUUUACUUUGUAUUUUUCAAUGAUUUGUGUUAGUGUGCUGCUUCAUAUGCUAUUCGCUAUUCCGAGAAUUCUAUUUGAAAACAAAGAAGAAAAAGAGUUGCAUUUUAUUAUUA